GGAUCGCGAUCUUUCAUCUGAGAUAAAAAUGUGCAGGUAGCUCUGCUAUUUCUAUACUAGUUUCUCGUUGUUAUCAAAACAAAAAAUAGAGUACCAGCGACGUUUCGGUCUAUUUUCUCGACGUGGACGACAUUAAACUUGUAAUCUGAUUGGCUUAUGGAAAAAAUUCGAUGACUUUUGAUUGGUUAUAUAAAAUCUGCUCGCGUCAAUGCUCAUUUGCCCCCAGGUAAUUAUGCAGGAAUGAGUGGGCUGUUCGCAAAGAAAAGGCCGCUUACACAGCACACAGCAUAAGCCCGCUAUACAAAUAUUACCUCAGCUCUCCAUGACAUGAAAUGCGGGUGAAAUGGAGGUGGCUCAUUACAAUCAUGAUGUCGACUCGAUGAUUCAGGACAUUUUUCAUCAUUGGGACAUCAACAACAGUGGAUAUAUCGAGAAAGCCGAACUGAAACAGUGCUGCAGUGAUUUGAGACUGAGCGAGGAGAAAUUGGCGAUAACUUUCAAUGAGUUGGAUUUGGACGGUGAUGGAAAAAUCAGCUUAGAAGACUUUGCUAAUAGCUUCCAAAAAGUUUGUUCCCUUUUUGACGUCACACAAGAUGAAGUUCUUAACCAAGAGAAGUCUGAGUAUAAAAAGUUUGAGAAACUUUUGGAUGUGAUCGGGGUGAAAGGGGUCCUCUCAGGCCAAGAAUAUGUGUCCGAGCUAUUCCAUUACAUGCACAACUCAAAUGAUUCAGCUCAGCUGCUAUCCCUGUUGGAGAGUUUCCUGUUCAGUGUUGUAAGAGAUGUUAAACACUACUCAUCUGAAAAUGCGAAACUGGAGGAAGCUCUCAAAAGGGCAUGUGAGAAACAUGCCGAACACAUGGAACAGCUGGACGAUGAGCUGGAUCAACAAAUGUCUCGUUUGGAAAUGCGUAUCAAGAAAGAGGAACAGAGCAAGUUCGAGCGCUCCAAUCUCGACAUGGUAUGGCAACUGGAGACAAAGAAUAAGGAAAUCCAGGCAUUAAACGCCAAAGUGUCAAAGCUGGAAAACAAAAUAAAGAAAAAGGAGCCAGAAGAACAAAAAUUAAAAGAAGAAAUCGAAGAAAAAGUCCAGGAACUUCGCUAUUUACGGAGUCAAGUUACGGAUGCACAGACAACUGUUGCAGUUAUCCGUAGCGAGCUCGCACAGCUCAAGAACGAUUACGAAGAUCAGUCAUCUCAACUCGAAGCGGAGAAGCGAAAUGUUAUGGAAUGCGUGCAGGAACAGGAAAGUCUCACUCGGCAGUUGCAACUAUUACAUGAAGCAAACAAGAAGCUCCAUGACACUAACGACGAUUUACGCUCAGCACUUGAGAUGCGCAGGGGCUCUGAAGGAGGCAAGAGCCCUUCUCCGAGCAAACGCAACUCCAUCUCUACAUUAUACUCGACUGUUCCACGCGCUCACAGGCGGAGCAAAUCGCACGAGCCGAGCAGCCGACGAGCGUCAAAUCUAACCGGAGAGUUCUCGGGCGACGACAGACAUCCGAACUCUGCCUCGGCCUCCACCCCCCGGUCAUCCGUCGCCGCCCCACCCCCGGAGGGGUCGCGGAGGAGCUCUAUGUUGCUGCCGACUCAGCAGAGUUGUGAAGUGGACGAUCCCGUGAAUGAGGACUCCUUGCUCAGCGAACUGAUGAAAGUUCAACGCAGUCAUGAGUCACCUUUUGAUACGCAAUCAACAUCAUCGGAUGCCGAAUCCGUCGAACACGAUUAUAACCACAAUGCAGGAAUCCUUAAUGCAAAAGAGACAGGACGCAUCCAUCAUCUGAUACCACCCGCGAGGCAGUCCUGCGAGGUCGAGUCCAAAGGGAGCCCAGAGGAUACCAUCGAUCCUGUUGUACAUCGUUAUGAGCACGCAGUGCAUUCUGGUAGUCAUAGUUCAGGUUCGCAAAGCCUACCAGGUGAUGAAGUGCUUGACUGGGACCAAGUCCUUAAGCGAGUGAGAGAAAUCGAGGAAGCUGGGACUUGUAGUUUAGGAGGCGAAACCGAUGUUAGUGAAGAGAGUCGAGUGACAGUUGAGGAACCAGCCCUCAAGCGGGUUAAAGAAGCCGUGGAGUCUGGGGACGAAAGUAUAUUCGAGGUUGACGAUGACACAAAUGAGGAGACUGCACAGGCGGCAGUGUCGAGGCCCUCGAAAAGGAUCGAGGAUGAUCAUGUUGAUGAGUCAGGAGAAUAUCCCAAUGGAGAAAAACAGGCUAAAGAACCCGAUGUAGAUCGCGUUCCUUGUAUUGUACUUGAGGAAGACUCUGAAUCUGAUGGUGGCAUCGAUGAAGUUAUGAGCGCAAAAAGCUCACAAAGGGACGAGGGGAUUUAUCCUGGGUCCACCGAAGAUCAGCAUGUAGUUUCUGAUAGUGAAACUGUUGACGAUUCUAACGAAUUUGAUAUAAAAUCCGAAGAACCUUAUCCUGCAAAUAACCUAGCCACUAGCAAAGAAACGUCCUUUCUAAAUACUACACCGGAAGAAUGUAUCGACAAAGGAAAGGGAUCUGACGAGGAAGCCAGGCUAGAACCUGUCUUUUCUCCUCGGGUAAACGUGGGGACUGGUGAUAGUACACCUAGGGUUUUGUUAGACCCAGACAUUGAGCUGUUUGAAAAAGGCGAAGAGCCUGAGUACUACACUGUAUUUGAAACCGAGCCAGUCCAUGAGCGGUUUGAAAGAAUGAAAGAAAUUGGGCUCAAGAGAUGCCCCGCGUUUGUUCGCCCUGGGACCCGUCCACUCAGUGAGCGGUAUAGAAAAACGACCAAAAAGGACAGUGAACUACAAACUGACGAAACAACAAAAGACACGCAACGACAAAACACAGACACGACAGCCUCAGAUAAAACUGACGAUGAACCAACUGUUAGCUCUCACGACAGUUCGCCCCGGACCCAAAAGGAAACAGGACUGACCGGACUUAGCGUAAAGCUAGGGAGAUACAUAAAAAAGAACGUUUCAAUUAAAUCAAAGGAGCGCUUGGUAAACAGAACUGAUAAAGAUACGUCGAAAGAAAGGAAUGGUAUGUUAAAGGAUACGAGUCGACAGCGUACGGAGACUGACGCUGAUACGAGACGAAGUUUUCCGCAAGGAGUUUCAAAGAAAAAUAUCAAGGAUUCAACCACUAACAACGAGAAAGAAGAAAGGAGUAUUAAACAUGUUAACAAACUGACACGCUCUUCAAGCGAACGAUCAAAAACGCGAACAGCUAAUGCGAAAGAUCUGAAACGCUCUAAGAGUUCGGUGACAUUCGCAAGCGCAGUGUCUGCGGACAAACUGCAACCGCGCAUACGUGAAAAGGGCGUGUCUGGGAAAUCUCCCCGACAUCGUAAACACGUGACUACGGACAGCGAAACGACGACCUCGGACACUGACAGCACCCCACGUGACCUUAAACUGAAUUUCCCUGAUGGCACCGAAGAGGAAGACGAGGCUUAUAGCACGAUGCCUUCCAGUGAACGCGAGUCGUUACGGCAACAGCUUGACUUACUUCAGAAAACAAAUAACGACCUUCGAACAGCUCUCGAGGUGGUCGUCGGAAAAACCAGGUCUCCGUCAUCCAAAGGAAAGCGGCGGAGUGAGCGUGGGGAAAAGUGCCGGCGUAAUGCCAGCAUCAAAAGCACGCAUAGUGACUACGGGUCCAUCUCUAGUCGGAGCAUGUCUCCCAGCCGGUCUCAUGGGGCCAAAUCUGGGGAAGAUAUAGCUGAUGGCGCGGAGGAGCUGUCCGGUUAUGACCCCGAGUCGGACGGUAACAACACGAGCACAAUCACGCUACAAAGCCGUCACGAGGAAGCUCCACCAAUCCCUGCAAAACUGGGUGCUACACAACAUGAGCGCAUCAAAAUAGCAGGCCGGGAGACCAAUGACGUCAUCUGGGAAGACGAAGACGAAGCGGAGACCGAGCGACCCGCGGGCUCAGACGGAUUCAAACGAGCUGACGACAAUUCCCCUUUUAAGCGAAACAGCAUCCUUCGUAAACCGUGCCGCCACAGAAGCUUAGAGACUUUAGACGAGGGAGAGGGGCCGACUGGGCGGGGAAAUAGGUCUGCAUGGCCGCCAAUUGCCCGGGCGGGGAAGUGGCAUAGUAUGGAGCAGGUCAAAAGACGUAACGACUUCGCUGGCGAAAGAACGCGCUCGUUGCCACACUUGCGCACACAAAGCGCUGAUCGUCUUGAUUUCAGUACUGGAGAAGGGCUCACUCAGCUUGCGGAGAAGUUGAAUGCGCUACAGAAAAGCGCCGAAGACGUUAAGGCUCAGACGCCGCCCAAUAAAGUUACGGAUAGGGAAGCGCCUGCCCCGCCCGUCCCACAAGAAGACCUCACUUCCGCCAAGAGUUAUCGGAUGGAGGAGGAGAGACGGGCCUUGCGAGAGAUCAUUGCGCCGCUGAUCCGCCCUGUGCCCGCACCGAGGACUCGCAAGUCAGCUCAUGUUGAGCCACAGGAAGACCAAACUCAGCAACGCCAUCCGGUUAUUGAGUCGCCGAGACACACUUCAAAAACCCUUCCAAGGGGAUCUGUUGUGACAAGAAUAAAGCAGAGUGAAUCCCUCCCGGACUCCGACCUCAGCCGCGCUGAUAUAUCCGAGCUAGAGGCACAGUUCAAAAGCGUCAUCAAGGAAGACGAGGAAGAUAUCGACGAAGACGACGUCGACGAUGAGGAGUUAGCUCAACUCGUUGCUAUGGCAACAGGACUGACCGACUCCGAGGAAGAGACGGAAACAGAGGACGAUGAUACGACGGUUGGCGUGAGAGAAGCUGCCGUCGGAGCCGACUCUAUAUCCGAGGCGUCUACAAACACGGCGCUCAAUAUGUCUAACGUGGAUGAGCGUGUCCCGGAGCGUAUGUUCAAGAUCGUGCUGGCUGGCGACGCCGCGGUCGGCAAGUCGAGCUUCAUCCUCAGACUCUGUCGUAACAGAUUCCACAGCGCUCUCAACUCGACCCUAGGGGUCGACUUCCAAAUGAAGACCCUGGUGGUCGACGGGAAGACAUACGCAUUACAGCUGUGGGAUACCGCUGGUCAAGAAAGGUUUCGAAGCAUCGCUAAGUCGUACUUCCGUAAGGCCGAUGGCGUUUUACUACUCUAUGAUGUCACAUGUGAGACGUCAUUCUUGGACGUGAGGGACUGGGUCGAGGCAAUCGAGGAAAGCUGUAGUAAGCCAGUACCCAUCAUGCUGUGUGGCAACAAGAUUGAUAUUCGCCAGUCGGCUGCCGCCGAGAACAAGACGGUGAUCACUGCUGAGAGCGGCUCAAGACUAGCAAAGGAGCACGGCGCACUGUUCAUUGAAACAAGCUCGAAGGAGAACAAAAACAUCGCCGAAGCUUGUAUCGAAUUAGCAAGGAUGUUACGCGAUGUAGAGGAUAUCGAGGUAAAGCAGAACAACGGCAUGAAAUUGACAGAUAACGACAUCAAGAAAAAGAAGACAAACUGCUGCUCAACGUGAUAUCCGUCAACACGUGAACAGAAUGAUAUCAAAUUUUUUAAUAGUUACACAUUCAUGCACUCAUUCAUGCAUAUAAUAGGUGUCAAACAUCUUUUGAAACUUUGAAUGACAAGGAAAUAACCGUAUCGUUAUCACAACUGAGGCAUUUUACCUUAUCUAGAUCAAUAAUAAGAGUCGUAAAAGACGUUAAAAUAAUGGGAAAUUCCUUGUCGUUGCAAACAAGUUUUGGACUUCAGUGCAAACAUGGCAAUUCAGCAGUCAAUCAAUAUAUGUGGGUGUGGCAAUGAGUGGCAUGGCUUUAACACUUGCAUUUGAUAGGCUAAGAAAAUCCAACAUAAUCAAACAUCCAUCUUGGGUAUCUUCAUUGAUACCAAUAGCAGCUGUUUAGCACCCGGGGCCGGGUAGAAAGCACGCUAACGCUAACCCAGGGAUAAAAGCCCUUUUUAUCCAAUCAAAAGUCGAGAUAGCCGUUUUUAUCCCUGGGUAGUGCUAACCUGCUUUCUAGGAACCGGCCCCUGCCCUCUUAGGCCACAGAUUGAUGGACUGAGAGCUGGUUCUCAGGAAUUGCUAGGUCUGCACUUCCUUCUCUACACUGGCGAAGACAUUAUGCUAAAAGCCAUUUUAAGUGCUACAGCUUUGAUACAAACACUUUUGAUUCAAAUAGGACAGUCUGCGCCCAGUCCAUUUUGACACAUCUCAAUUCUAAUUAAUUGGAGGCUUUAAAUUUUGUUGCUGUGGUUGCCAGGAGCUAGAGCUUCAGGAGUCUCACACAAUGAACUUAUGCUGCUCCCAUGUAAGCAGUGUAAGCAAGCUCAGGACUGGUACUCAGGAUAAUUUGUUUUAUGGUGUUACUGCUUUCUUAGUUUGUGGAUUUUUAACAUUUUAAUCCUUACAUCUGAUCUGGGUCUUUUUAUCUUUAUUCAACAUCUUUGUAAUGUAAAUUUUAGAAAAGACAAUUUUUUUAAAUUGUAGAGAUGAACAUUUUUUAGAAAUUUCAAAAUAUGCCUAUUCAUUGUAGAACCCAUAUAUAAGUUAACAUGUAAGAGAGAGUAGCUGUUAAGAUUUUAUGCAAAACAUCUAUAUAAAGUAUGGGAUUAUUUAUUUCUAAAAUGUUAAAAAGUUUAUUUACAGUGAAAACAUAGUACAGUGCAUAACAUAUAUUCAACUGUAUGAAGUAAACAAAUAACAAUAAUUUAUACAAUAAAUAUAAAUUUGGCAAUAA